AUGUUGGGUGUAAGAAGCAUUACGGGAGUCAGGCUACAGCCUGCUGUCUCUCUCUUAGCUAGAACAAGCUUGAAGUCAGCUGUGGCCACUAGAUCAUAUGCCAAGAACCCAGACAUUACCAAAAUGCCAUUGAAUGUCUUUGGCUGUUUGGCUGACUACUACGUUCCUCCAAGAUUCUUGGACUGUCCUAUCACCUCAUGGCCUAGACUUGUCGCCAGGAGAAUGACGGCAUUUGCCUUCAACACGAUUGGUGUUGUCCGUUACAAGAAAGACACGAAUCUCAAGUUGCACUUUAACGAUUGGAAGGAACGCACCAUCGAGAACUACGUGAAAACUAAUAAGGUUUUUGCCAAGGCUUGCUCCGCCAGAAAGGAUCUCAGACAUAAAUAUAUUCAUGAGCAGCUCGCAGACGUUGCUGGUAAACAUGUGGUGGAUGCAUUGUGCAGCAGAGCUCUGUCUUUCCCAUCUGGCGCUAAGCUCACAUGGAAGCUUGUCAAAGUUGUUGAGAACCCAAAGGUUGUUUCUUUCAAUCCCCUUCCAAAUCAUGACGACAUCACUGUUUUCAUUCAGCUCGUCACUAAAGUAAAGACUAAACAGCAGAUGACUGUGGAAACAUCGGAGGGUGACGUCCAGACGACCGAGAGACUCGUCACAGACUACUUGGUCUCUACAAUCGAUCCAUUUUCUGAAGAACAGCUUUUGGUUGGCUCUAUCUUUGAGAGUGACCAUAUCAGGAAGGUUCAACCAGAGUUCAACCCCGAGGAUCUCGAGCAGGCCACCGCUUUUCAAAACCGGGCUGCCGAUCUCUACCGUGAACCUCCCAAGGCCUUGAAGAGCGCCUAA